GUAGUUUGACAGUUACGUUAGUUCCCACGCUAUACGUGGAAAUAGUUCGCAAAUCAAAACAUAUGUGAGUUUAUUUUGCUUGAAUGUGCCCCAACUGGAAUGAUUUAAGGGGCGAUUGGGUCGAUCUUGGAAAAAAAAGUAAACUUACCACGGGGUAGUUUACUUCCCAUCCUCCGCUCGGAAGCAGCGCGCAUAGUACAGUACUAUCAUUGUAAAUGGCUCACAGCUGUCACUGUAUUUCUCACUACUUCUCUUCUGACGCUAGGUGGCGCGGAUUUUCUGGUACGUAAACACAGUGACGGUAGCGUAAUGCAGUGGAGAAGAACGUGUACGUCAUUUUCACAAUGGCGGAGGCUGGGUGAGGAGCAGUGUAUGUGUUUGUGAGAAACGGCUCAGAAUCGUCGGAGUUGACGCUGCAUUGCCUGAAUUCGUGCGCGGUGCCUGAAAAUGGCCCUAAACCCCACCACCAUGGGGAAAAGGGACUCGGAAUAUACCGAUACAGGCAGUCUACACCAGAAAAGUGGCGAGCCCCAGAAGACUUCAGCCGCCACCUCGGCCCCAGCCAACCAAAAUGGCGAUCAGCCUGGCUGUGGAGACAGUGCAAUAUCCGAACAAGAAGCCCCUGAUCGGCAAACGGACGCCAGGAGCUGGAGUGGUUCGCCCACACCGGGCCACAGACGAAGCGAGGAGCGGCCUCGGAAGUCUUUUCAAAUCCCGAGGAAGAAAGAACGGAAAGGUUUGUUCCAGCUUCUGCCCCCUGACAGCCGUGAAUUUGAAGAUCUUGUGAAGCUCGUCUCGUCCUUUUACCUGGAUGCAUCAUCAAGAGGAACGUUCACCUACUGCAAGGCCAGGCUCAUUCACAAUGAGCUGCUGGAAAAGGAGUUCAUUGAGAAGCGGCGGGAAAUGAAGCAAGAGGGCCGGACGGAACAAGAACUGACAGAAUCAUACUGCUUCUUGUGUCCAGAUAAAUCCAAGCUUCAGUGGAUCUGCGAGAAGGGUUUGUCGGUAGGACACUCCAAGAUAACAACGGUUGGAAAUCCAACAGUUGGUGUUUAUCUCUCCAAAUUCUCUGAUUUGUUGCAAAUCAAUCCAUUUGAAGUUGGUGCAGUUGGGGACAUCAUCAUUUUUAAAGUUAUGAGGGGAAGAGUAAAGCACAUCCAUGAAAACAUGCCAAAUAACGCUAAGGAACCUGCAACUAAGUUUGACUGUCAUUUGUCCAAAAGUGCCAAUAAGGUUACAUCUUUGCUGUCUUACAGAGCAUUUGAGCGCACGCAGCAAUAUUUUUUCGAGUUUGCAUUUGAUGAAAUUAAAGCACGGCCCAGGCAUGUGUGCCCCUACGCCGUGUUUUCCUUUCAGUACAAAGGCAAGGAAGUUGCUGCGACUUCUUUAACUGCACACAGACUCAACACCAUGCCCACUGAAGGAAGUCGAGGGCGUCGCUGCUAUUCUGUGUGGAGAGGUUCAUUGGUCAACAAGGGCCAAGAGUUAUUUCCCAUCUGUUUACGAUCGUUCUCGCGCCCCUACCUCCCUUUCAAACUACCUGAGAAGCUGGAGGUAAAUCAGAGCAUGCACCUUGAGCAGCUGAAGCGAAAGAUUCCCGCGAUGCUCUUCUCUUGGGACACCUACAGCGCAUCACGGGAAGUGAUGAAAUAUGGGAUGACAUGCACUCUUUUUGAGGUUGUAGAAGGAAAAGGAAAAGUCACCAGUGGAAGUCUGGUAGCACUGAUUAACAAACUUGAGAAAGACAGACUGGUGUUGGUGAAGUGCCUGUUUGACCGAGGCUUUCUCUUCCUGUUGUCCUCGGCACAGAUGGUGGAGUCCAAAGAACGGCGGGGACGGGUUGAAAAGAGCCUCCAAUCAAUAUUCCUCUUUCACGAGUCGAGGGCAGUUAGCAAGUAUUCUUCACGGCUACCUGAGCCAGAGCCACUGAAAACAGAGCCACAGACAACAUUCCAGUCUUUGGAACGAUUCAUCCCUGCCCUGCAUUACGCCUUCUUCACAUUGCGGCCAAACCCAGGCAAGGACCCAAGUUCAGGUGUGGAGCGACAGGCCACAGAUUAUUUAAGUCGCAUAGACUCAGGACGAGUGCGGCCAUUCAUCUUGCCCGACUACAAAUAUAGCGUGGAUGAUAGGCCGUGCACGUUUCCCCUACCCCGACCCAAAGGUAACAUGGAAGCCUUACUGCGUUCUUACAUCCACAACGCUUCCAAUUAUACUUUACCUCUGAACAAGGCAAAGGACAUCAUUGAAAGGAUACACCAUCCCACACCUGUUGCUGAUGCAGUCUCAGUAGAAUACAGUCCGGUUUCUGACUGGGGGGGCUCAGACCGCUCAGAAAGGACAGCGCCGGAAAGGCUCGCUCAGGAGAAGCCACCCUCGGACACCAGCAGACGGAGACCGGGGUUUGCCCACUCAAAUGGAGCCCAGUCGCAGCACCAGUCCCACACCGAAUCCCAGCCGGAGCAUCCGAGUUUGCCGCUGUCACAGAAUGAGUACGAUAAAGACAAGAUGAAGCAGCUACUUAAACUGAUCCAACACCACAAGAGAGCACUAGUCAAGGAUCCUGGGAGGGACGCCGGAGAGGAGGAAGGCUGGGUGGCCAACAACCUCAAGAGGAAAUUUGAUGGUGACGAGAGGAGCGGCGUGAACAAACACCAACGCACGGAUCUGCCGAGCAAUGGCGAACCCAGCAGAGGGAUACCAGGGCUACCAGCGGAGGAGAUUGGAGAAGAGGGUGGACAGAGUGAAAAUCUGACCGCCGUAAUGGAAAGCAUGGGGAUCUAUGACAGUGACCUGAGGGCCAGUGACAACACCAACACCACAGCAGUUCAUGAGACCCAGCGUCUCCUCAAGAUCCUGCUCGCCACUCUCAACAAAGCUGUUGCUCAGGGAUCAAUACCGGUGCAAUCAAAUCCCGGGGAACAGUCAACAGGUCCUGAAAGCGGGGAACCUACGAUUCCAGCCUCCGGUCUCGGCAAACAAAAUGAGCUCUCAUCACAAACAAACUACACAGAGGAGGAUAUGGAUUGUAGCCCCACAAGUCCUUUUAGCGCCGGCUCUCCAAUGGACCCGGCUCAAACCUCACCCAACACAACUUUUGUCACACCCCCAAAUGAAGAGAAAUUGGAGUCGCUUAAGCCAGAGCCAGACGCGGUGAUGAUGGAGAGCCUGGCGCCAAGACAACCCACGACGACGGAAGUAAAAAAGACAGCACCAGCACAAACUUUACAACUAGCGAUGGAAGUCCCUUUCAUGCCCACCAUCAGCUUGGACACCAUACUGAACCAGGAAAUUCACAGCCUGACUUCCGACAUUAGAAACAUAAUGCAGAGCCACCACAUAACUUACACUUUGCAGCUACCGCCACGGCUACCUCUGCGCACUUCCUGGCAGCACAGUUGCUGCUUCUCUGACUUUGUUGUCGACAACGUCACUCCUGUCUCCGUGGAAGAGCACGUCAGUGCACUUUGUCAGCAACUGGAAAAGCUGAUCCCAGUCCCUCCUGUUCCCUCCAAGGCCACUUCCCCGGUGGCCACGGGGACAUCACCCCUGCCAACGUCCAGAACUGAAGUACGCUCGCCCGUGAGGAAUACCGACUCGACUCAAAUGAGUAAACACGGCACGGUCAAAGAGGCUAAGACUAAAGCAGACAUCGAGGAUGAGGCCUACUCUCCCUCUCAGAUUCCACCGGAAUCACAGAAAUCCCAAAAGUCCGUCUCGGGUUCUGUUGCCGGGGAUUCGGCAGGGGCGGGGACCGGCGCCGAUCCCGGUACUGGACUCCUGGCGGGCAGCCUUAUCGGUCAGCUGAAGCCUGAGGUUUUCAGCAGCUUGGUGGAGAUCUUCAAGGACGUCACGAAGAAUACGGUGAAGUUUUACAUCUACGCCGGCGACGAGGGGGAGGGGAGUACGGUCUGCAAGGAGAUAAAGGAGUACUUGAAAAGCCUUGGCAACAGCGAGUGCAGCCCAGGGAUGUUUCUGGAAAACAACAGCAGUCUGGACAAAUUACUAAUCAUCAUUCAGAACGAGCACAUUGCUGCACACGUGCACAAGAUCCCAGCGCUGGUGUCUCUGAAGAAGCUGCCCUCGGUGAGCUUUGCUGGAGUUGACACUCUGGACGAUGUCAAGAACCACACCUACAAUGAGCUGUUUGUAUCCGGAGGCUUCAUGGUGUCUGACGAGUUUGUCCUUAAUCCCGACCUCAUUACACAAGAUCGCUUGCAAACGUUGCUGACGUUCUUGGAGCAGCAAAGUACUCCUGAACAGCCCUGGCAGUGGAAAGUGCACUGCAAGUCACAGAAGAAGCUAAAAGAAAUGGGCCGGUUGAACGCCAAUGCAAUGGGGUUACUCAACCUUCUGACGGCCUACCAGAAGAAGCAUCUUGUCGAAUUCCUUCCUUAUCACGAGUGUGACGCCCAGUCACGCCAGGCUCCCGAUCUUGAUUGCCUGAUCAAGCUUCAAGCUCAGCACACCCAACAGCGCCAUCUCAUCUUCGUCACGGAGAGGCCCUUUGAGAUGUUCUUACAGUAUUCCAAAAACGGAAUAGUCAUAGCAAGCAUUGAUGAUAUCAUGAGUGGCUUCCACAGUCUGAUUGGCACCAUCAUUCCAAAUGAGCUUCCGACGGCUGCUUCUUCUGCGAAUGAUGAGUGUGUGGAAGCGGAAGACAUGUCAUUGGACUCGGAUGAUUGUGAGAUGCACACCAUCACCCAAAGCACAGCGCAGAACCCGGAAGCUGUGAAAGCCAAGUCGCCGCAGCCGCCCCCUCCAAAUAUGGAUGAGUUCCAGCCGCCACUGCCCAACCGGGACGCCACCCCUGAUAGAACUCCUCCGCAGUCGGAGUACAACGCUCUCAAAACGGCCAUCUGUCACUUCAAGGCCACAAACCAGAUCGGCAUGGGCACCUCGGACUUGGGGAACUUGUCUCCUGGAGGUUUCCCCGUGAACCCCCACCAAAGUUUCUUGUGUCCCUCGGCCAAUUGGUCGUCCUACACCGGAUCUUCUAGCUACACAGCCUCCCCGGCUUAUCCCGCCUCCCCCUGCAGCAGCAACCAGGACCAGGAAUGCCGCUCUUCUGUCACAACGGCUACUUCGGCGACCCCCCCUGCUGUCAACACCGCGGCCGGUCCUCUUGCCAAUCUGGCCUCCCUCCCUUUGGAGAUCAAACCUCCUCCUCCACCUCACCUCAUGAUGCUAGGUCACACAUUUGGUUCAGACUCAGCAGGAGGUGGAGCGACGGGGACUUCUCCGCUCACCGCCUCGCUUCCUUUUGCAGACCACAGCGACUCAGCCAAGCAAAGCUACAUGGCCGGCAUCACCGUAAACGCCGGUUGUCCUGCAGCGCAGCAUGCAGACGUGACACUGAGUGCACCCGGCGAGGGGUCCUGGGGGGCGGCAGCAUCCACCACCAGCACUGCAAACAAUCAGCUUUUGGUUCCCUCCGGGCCAGCCGACCCCUCUGGACCGGCCAAGGGUGGCGAAACCCUCGGUGGCGGCAGGACUCACGCCAAUUGCACUGACAAAUCUUCUCUAGGUGUUCCCACAGCUGCCGCUAGGGGGGGCUCAGCAGUCAGAUCCAAAUUCCCUGCACAGCCAAUGUGCGGCAUGGGCUUCGGGAACGUCUGCAGCAGCGUCCCCGCGCAGAUGAACCACGGGCCCAUGCGACCUGCUAUGGGUCCCACGGUGUUCCGCGGCAGAGGAGUACCUCCAAGCGGAUUUUGGCCACGGCCAGGGCGAGGACAUGAACGGAUGGAUGGAACUGGUGACGGUCCGUGCUCUUGGGGUUACCCGGCAGGCAGGGGCGGCCCGCAGAAUUACUACACAGACUUCACAUAUUCUCAUAAUUACGCCCCCGAGUAGACAAUCAGCUUGCCGCCGGGGGGGGGGGGGGGGGGGGCAACUUUCAAGGACUAUUCUAACUGGCUGAAUGUAUAUAUAUUACUUGUGAUAAAAAGCCGAUGAUUUCAAUUGGUAAAAAAGUAUCCUGGUUUUCUACAUUAAUAAUAAAGGUUGAUACAGGCGGUGCGGAGUGUCCUGUCGCAUAAACUUUCCAUGUGAGAUAUUCCAACUCCCUGUUCAAACCACUAUAUUUAUAUUUGCCAAAACUGCUAUUGGCCUUUCAGUGUCUCCGAAUUUACCCUGUCAUUUCUGUUUAUUCUGGUUUUGGAACGCUUUGUGAACAUGGGGAAAAGUAUAAUAUUUUUUUAUUUAAAAAAAAAAUAAUAAUCGAGUUCAACCUAACUUGCUGUUUUUCUUAUUUUACACAUUUUGGUUGUCCUAAAUUCUUUGGAAAUAAAACAUUUCAAAUAAUGUUUG